UGACCGCUCUACUUAGUACUUACUCCUGCCUCCUGCCUUCCUGCCUUGACGGUCCGCCUGCAUUCCCCGUGGCCUGAGAUCCGUCUCCCCACCGCUGCUUGACCGUGACCGUAUUUAUUCCCCUGCCUCCUCCACCCCCUCCCUCUUGCUCGUGCUCUACCCCUCCCCUUCUAUUCUAUCUAUAUCUAUAUCUCUAUCCCUAUCUGUAUCUACGUCCACAUCAUGCAACCCAGCCACUAUGACCUGCUGGGUCAGGUGCAAGACGACCCUCGAUCCCUCGCGCGAAUGACGCGAGAUACCCAUCAGCCGCCGCGCGAGCCUCUCUCCCUCCACCACUCCCGGUCGCCUGCUGCUGGCGCGCCCACGAGGUCCGAAGACUCCUGGAUCGAGGUCGCCUCCCAGCCCUCUUCCUCCUCCCUGUCCUCCGCCGGGACCUGCGACGACAUCAUCACCACCGGCCUGCGCGUCGAGCAGAACAGAGGCACUCCGUACCACCGUAGCCGCCGACGACGCCUGCAACACCUGGCCGCCGUCACCACCGCCGAGGUCGAUUACUCGUCUCGCGAACAAAGCAGUAGUCAGGAUGAAUAUGAGGAGAGUGAGAGCGAGUCGGACCGCAUCCUCAGCAGCUCCAACGAGGACAUGGCCCGUCCAACCUUGGGACGUCCAUUCCUACCACAGCCGGCUCCUAUCUCUCCCCUGGACGAGGCAUCGACCGACGAUGACGACGACAACUCCACAGCCCUAGGCAUGCGCAUGGCCUCAUCCCCCUUCGUCCCACAACCCAACGUUUUCUCCCACCCGCCCGCAUCUCAGAACCCCUCUUGGACGCGGCCAACGGAGAGACACCGGCCCCAGCCCAGCGAAGUGUCCAACUCCAGCCGCCGGACCGCGAUCCGAAGAGACUCCCAGGCCAGCAUCCGCUCCGCCCGUAGACCUUCCCAGCAACACAGUCCCUUCAGCAUGAUUUCCCCAUCUCACCACGCAGACCACGACGCCGCGCUGCGAGCCAGUCUCUCCACCCUCCUUUCCUGCGCAGCUGCCGCGCGCGGCUUGCCCAAAUCAGACGCCCAACAACAAUCCCAACCCCAACAACCCGGUCCAUCACGGGGCCACCCGUCAUCCUUCCGCCUCGUCUCCGAGUCCGUCGCCAUGGGCGAGGAAGUCUGCGAAGAAGAAGACGACGAAGAAGGGGAGGAAGAGAUCACACCCGGGACGGGCGAGACGCACGCCCCCACUCGCGCCCCGCGGCUAAGACCCACCCCGCCGCCGCCUGCCCCUCGACCCAGCCCGAAGCGACGAUCCAGCCCCUCCUCCAAAGACCGCAGCCAUGCCUCCUCCGCCAAGAAGAGCCGACGCGCCAGCACGGCGGACUCAGUCACCGCCACUCCCACCAUCAUGACCUGGGUGAUCAGCGCCGGCGUCGUGGUGCUCUUCUCCGCCAUCAGCUUCUCCGCAGGCUACGUCCUCGGCCGCGAAGUCGGCAAGCUAGAGGCAAACAGCACCACCGGGUUCGGGUCCGUGAUGGCCUCCGACGGGGGCAGUAUCCCCAGUCGAGCCUGCGGCCAGGAAGCCGUGCGCGGCGGACUGAAGCGCUUCCGCUGGGGAUCGGGGACGUCUGCAUCGGGCAUUAUUGCGUGAUUUUCUCCCUCCCUCUUCCCCCCCCCUCACAUACUCACCCCAUCUAUCUAUAUUUCUUUCUUUCCAAAUAGGAUAUGACAUGUCUUGACGAUGAAGACGAUGACAAUGACAAUAAUGGCAUCUACGGGAUAUGAAACCAUGUGGAUUUUGAUUUGGAUUCUGGAUUCUUCU